AUGUCUGCCACCGACGCAACCCUCAAGGCUAAAUAUCCCGCCAAAGCGCACUGUCGCCGUGUUGCCAAAUACCUCACCGAUGCCGGCUUCUCUCGAGAUGGCGUUAUCUAUUUGGAAGCACAGAAGACCAGAAUGGUCGAGGACGACGACCAGGCCAUGCAUUUCCGACAGCGCAGAUACUUCUUUUACCUCUCCGGCUGCAAGCUGCCAGACGCCUAUCUCACAUAUAACAUUCCUCAAGACCAGCUAACCCUCUUCAUCCCUCCCAUCGACCCGGACAGUGUGAUAUGGGCCGGACUACCAGAAUCAAAAGAGGAGGCAUACCGGAAAUACGAUGUUGACCAUGUGCUAUACACCGAUGAAGUCAACGCGGCAUUGGCAGCAUACGGUCCAUCCGGUUCAACCACCGUCUAUGCUAUCCCCGAACAAGUCUCGGAACAUAUCACGUUCCUCCCAUUUGCGGCAACGCAGUUCGCCUGCCUGAAAGAAGCCAUUGAUGAGUGCCGCGUAGUCAAGGAUAGCUAUGAGGUUGCAUUGAUCAAGAAGGCCAAUGAGAUCUCUACACUCGCACACAUUGAGGCAGCCAAGGUGGUACGGCACGCCACAAACGAGCAAGAACUCUACGGCGCGUUCAUCGGAACUUGCAUAUCAAACGGCGCUCAUGAGCAGGCUUACCACUCUAUAUGUGCGAGCGGGACGAGCUGUUCGACCUUGCAUUAUAUUCGUAAUGACCAGCCUCUGCGAGAACGUCUCAACAUCUUACUGGAUGCUGGUGCGGAGUACGAAUGCUACUGCGCAGAUAUCACUCGCACUUUUCCGAUCUCUGGCACGUUCACGCCCGAGUCAAAAACCAUCUAUGAUAUUGUGGACGAGAUGCAACAGUCAUGCUUCAAGUUGCUUCGCGCCAAUGUGAAGUGGGAGGAUGUGCAUGAGAAUGCACAUUGGGUUGCAAUCCGAGGCUUGCUGAAGGCAGGCAUUCUGGUCGGGGACGAGCAGGAGAUUUUCGACAAGCGGAUCAGCGUCGCUUUCUUCCCACAUGGUCUGGGCCACUAUUUAGGCAUGGACACGCACGACACAGGUGGUCAUGCGGACUACGACGAUCCAGACACCAUGUUCAAAUACCUCCGGGUGAGGGGAGAGGUUCCCGCAGGCGCCGUGAUCACGGUCGAGCCAGGAAUCUACUUCUGCAAGUUCAUCCUAGACCCAGUUCUUGAGGACCCGGGGUUAAGCAAGUACAUCGAUCAGAGCGUGCUUGACAAGUAUUGGACCGUUGGAGGUGUGAGAAUCGAGGACGACGUGCAUAUCACGCAGGAUGGCUACGAAAACCUAACCGACACACCAAAGCUGUGA